AUGACUGUAGUGAUUCCCACCCCGGAGUACCGUGCAGUGGUAGAGAAGACUGUGCGGGUUGCGGCUAUUUGUGUGCGGCCUGUGCACCGCGUUGGGGAAGUCCUGCGGGCCUUGCGUGGGUGUUUAUACGAUAUGCGUGGUGUGCGUAAUGUCUUGGAUGGAGAGAGAAGAAAAGGUACAGUAACAACAACAACAACAGGUGAGAAGAAAGAGGGGGAGCCAUACAAGUUGUUAUUGUUGGAUCCCGUAAGAGUACCCGUGUUAUCUGACACUGCAGAAGAGGAGAAUCAUAAUAAUAAUAAUAUUAAUAAUGUUAAUAAUAAUGAUAAUGUGGAUAAUAUAGGGAUUGGUGUCCAUACAUCUCCUCUAGUGUGGGUAGAUGUGAAUGAUAUUUCACUUCCCUCUAUUCUGCGAGAUCGACUGCAGUCAUUAUCUAAAUGUAAAGAUUCCACUGCAUCUUGUAUACAUGUUGCCAUGACAACACACACUGUGCGACUAAAUUACAAGAACUUUACAAUGCCUGAACUGCUGCAGCGGAUUCUUCCACCUAACACAGUUCCUCUGAGUGGGUUUGAACAGAUUGGUCACAUUGCACAUGUGAACUUGUCUGCGGCGCACUUGCCCUAUCAAUCUACGAUUGGCGCAGUGAUAUUAGACUGUAAUCCCACUGUGGAUGUUGUGGUGAACAAGAUUGACAGUAUCUCCAGUGUGUUUCGUGAGUUUAAGAUGGAAAUCAUCGCGAGGCGUCAGAGGAAUGAUCAGAAAGAGAAUCAUACUACUAGUGAUAAUAAUAAUAAUAAUAAUAAUAAUAAUAAUAAUAAUAAUAAUAAUAAUAAUAAUAAUAAUAAUAAUCAGCUGGGGGAGAAGAAGGAAACAAAUGGAAAAACAUCUCAUGAUGAAGAAGAAAUACACCGUCUGUUGUUGGCAACGGUACGACAACACGGAUGUGUAUUUCGCGUCCCGUAUGAUCGUGUCUAUUGGAACUCGCGACUCAGUCAUGAACACAUGCGUGUAGUGAACAAAAUGCAGCGGGGUGAUAUUCUCUAUGAUGUAAUGGCGGGUAUUGGUCCUUUUGCAAUUCCUGCAGCGGCUGCGGGAGUUACGGUGCAUGCAAAUGACUUGAAUCCUACGGCGGUGGAGUAUUUAAGAAUAAAUGCGGAGUUGAAUCACAUAAAGAAGGAGGAGUUUCAUGUUUACAAUAUGGAUGGCCGGGCGUUUAUGAACACUAUUCUUUACAGGGAUGUAAUGAUGAAUCAACAUUCAGGUGGUUGUCGACAUGUCACUAUGAACUUGCCUGCCACUGCGGUGGAGUUUUUAGAUGUUUUUACAAAGUCUCCAUGGUCUCCAUCCUUCACAUCCUUUUCUUCCUCUUCAUUAGCAUUACCAGCAGAAGAAACAGAGAAGGAGGAAUUAAUGGAGAAUCCAGAUAGAUGUGUAUUAUUUCAUGUCUACUGUUUCUCAAAGAAGUCAGAGGACUUUGCGGGGGAUGCCGUCCAACAAGUACAGCACUGGCUUGGAUGUACACUCUCUGCAGAGAAUAUAGUGGAGGCUCAUGUUGUGCGGGAUGUGGCUCCAGUGAAACGAAUGGUGUGUGUGAGCUUUACACUGCCAGAGGCGUUUUGGAAACGUCGACAGGCCGCUAGACUGGCAGAGCGAAAACGUGCACGUACAACCGAUUGA